CGCCCGCGGCGGCCGCGCGCGGAUGUACCGCGGGCUGCUGGGCGCCGAGGGCCCUGGCGCCUUCCAGCCGGGGCCGGCGGCCCUGCCGGGUUCUGGCGGCGAGUACCCUCUAUUCCGGGGAGGAGCCGCGGCCCCGCACCAGCUGGCCGCGCAGGGGCCUCUUCAUGCUGAGCACCCGCGGCCGCCGCCGCCCGUGGACGAGCACGCGGUGAAGUCCCUGAUCCGGCAGGAGUUCGCGCAGCGGCUCCUUCGAAGAGAAAACUGCACCACCAAGCAGAGCACCCAAAGAAAAGACUGA